CUGGACUCGCAGUAUGGCAUGUACGUGUGGCCCUGCGCCGUAGUCCUGGCCCAGUACCUCUGGGUCCACAGGAGAAGCCUGCCCGGCAAACGGGUGCUGGAGGUCGGUGCAGGCGUGAGUCUCCCUGGCGUGCUGGCUGCUAAGUGCGGAGCUGAAGUGAUCCUGUCCGACAGCGAGGAGCUGCCCCAGUGCCUGCAGAACUGUCGGAAAAGCUGUCUGAUGAACAACCUGCCCCACGUACCUGUCAUAGGGCUCACGUGGGGGCGGAUAUCUCCAGAGCUGCUCUCUCUUGCUCCCAUAGACAUUAUUUUAGGAUCAGAUGUCUUUUUUGACCCAAAAGACUUUGAAGAUAUUUUAACUACAAUCUACUUCUUGCUGGAAAAGAAUCCACAUGCUCAAUUCUGGACUACUUAUCAAGUCCGAAGUGCCGACUGGUCUAUCGAAGCUUUGCUCUACAAAUGGAAACUGAAGAACACCCACAUUCCCUUACAUUCUUUCAGCGCAGACAGAGAGCACUUGGCCAGCUCUUCUCUACCAGGGAGACAUACAAUUGAAAUGAUGAUCAUCUCACUAGCACAAUCAGAUGGUACUUAAGUUUAUUCCACUUGUUGGUUCCAAUACAAGAUGAUACUCAACUUUUCAACGUAGCAUGGAUCUGCAGAAAACAGGCCUGUUUACAGCAAACCUCAUGCAUAUUUUUGGGGGGAAGCAGAUCCCCUUUAGCAGUAAAACAUGCAUUGUAAAAAUAAAGCUGUUCAGUUG